AACGUACCCAACAUACGUCAAAAUAACGCUCACGUUAUAAUUUUUAGGUUAAAUUCAUUACAGAUGAAAAAAGUGCAAGAAUAGCCUGGUGAUUUUUAAAAAUAAUCAUGAAUCAAGCAGAUGUGUCAAGGCUUAUAUCAAAAUUAAGAAUAAAAGAACCAACAAGAUUACGUAAAUUAAAGAAUCCGGCAGGUCCAGAAGGUCGUCUCCUAAAGUUAAGGAAAGUUGUAACAGCAUUAGUCAAACAUGAACGAAUUGAACUAAAUUACAACAAAGCUGACGAAGCUAGGCUUUAUACUGAACGGUUGAUAUCAGAAGCAAUUCGUCAUGGAGAUACACAUGCUACUACAAUGGAAACAGCUGACUUUUGGAUGCUGGAAAAACAACUUGUACAUAAAUUAUUUAAAGUGUUAGUACCACGAUUUGAGAAGUCUUCACACUCGUAUACACGAAUGUAUAGAGCACCUAGAGAAUAUCCAGGAAUGUAUCAUAAAAAAGCUAUUUUAGAAUUACGUGGUAAUCCGUUCCCACCGUUAGUCUCUGAUUUAAGUACAAAUCGUAAUUUAUUACAUAAUAUAUUGUUGGAUGAAGCACGAAAAGAAUAUAGGAAAGAAAAAUAUGCGUCUAUUGCUAAUGAUAUAACCGAUUUGUCGGAUAAUAGUGAAAAAAGUGAAACUGCUCCACAAAUCUAAAGACGUUAUUUUA